ACAUACCAGACACAUGCGCUCGACCAUGCUCGAGCCCCGCGGAUGAGAAUUCGUUAUAUGAGUUUGUGAAGUGUGAAGUUUCGUUGAAGUACUGUUCCAGGAGUCCCUAAUAAAGUAAAAAUGCAAUUUUCAAUCCUUUUUACCAUCGCGGUCGCAGUUUUGCUCCAAAAAGAUGUUCUCUGCUUGCCAUUAAACGAUGAUUCAAACAACAUUGUGAUUGUACUUGAAAACGAUGAAAUGGAGCCCACUGUAUUGGAUUGUGAUUAUGAUAUCCAAGACACGGAAUCCUUUCUUACCGUAAAAUGGUUUAGGAAUGACAAAACUAUAUAUCAAUGGAUUCGGGGAUCCCAUCCAUCUCCCAUUCCCGAAUUUAAAAAUGAUAUCGACACUUCCUAUGAGAGUUCAACGGACCCCAAUAAGCAAUACAGUUCGCUGGCUCUUAUUAAUCCCUCAAUCAGUACAACUGGAGACUAUAAAUGCGUUGUCCAAACCCAAAAGGAUACACAUAUUUUUCAUAAAAGGGUACAAGUUAUCGAUGUGAGAAAUUACACAUUGACAUUGCAUCACAAUAAAAUUCAUAACGAAACUCAGCUGGAAUGUAUGGUAUCCAAUGUAUUUCCAAAGCCGACGCUGACAAUUACAUCUGAUGACGAGGAUGAUGAAGUUAAAGUAGUAACAAACGAUCCGCAAGAAAACGAGGAUGGAUACUAUAAUGCGACAACAGUAGCCGCGGUUUAUGAUGAUGAUGAAGACGCUGACAUCUAUAAAUGCGUUGUAACCUUUGAUGGUUACGCACAAAACUUGACAACGACCACCACAUCUGGAUCACUUCGAAUGAUCAUAGAUGUUAGAUUAAUUUGGAUAUACUGCAUCGUAUAUAUUUUUUCAGCAAGCUUAUAAGGCUUGCUUAAAUAUGUAGAUGGGCUGUUGAUAUUAUUUGUUACAAAUUCAUAUUUAAUAAAUGUAAAUAAUUGUGGUUAA